CACAGACCACCAGUUGGGAACCACUGCUUUAUCGUGUUGCUCUAAGCAGUAGUCUUUCGCUCAUUUCCCCACCCUCACGUAUUUUGGUAGCAAGUUUUGUGUUUGUUUGUAUUUUGUAUUUAAGACUGGAAAACAAAUUCAGAUUUUGAUUUGAGAUUACAAAUCUUGGUACUCCUGAAUACUUUCUGAACCCUGACUCGUGCAAGUAUAAGUAGUUGUUUUUAAACUGCUGUACUGGGCUCUAAAUAGUUUCAGGGGUCACCUCAAUCAAAGAUGAUUGACUGAGGCAGUCAGUCUUAGGCAGGACCUUAGGCAGCCUUCUGCCCGCGUUGCUGAUGCAGCUGCACGUCCAGUUGCACAUCCACUUUCAAAGUCCGUUCUAGUCCAGUGCUCUGCCGAUAGGAAUAGGGACACACAUCUUCAACCCUGAUGGUGACCAGUUUGCUCAUGACAGCUGGACCUGCUUUCCGUGUUGUGUUCACGUUUGGGAGGAGAGAUGGCAACCUGCAGGUGUUGCACCCAUGUCGCCCUUGUCGGUGAGACGUGAUCCGUUUCCCCACUUGCCUAUUGCUGUAUAUAGCCUGUUUUAUGUUCAGAACCUCACUAAUGAAAGAAAAACCGCGUGUGCUUCGAUUUCCAACUCGUGUUCCCCACCAUUGCUCACUCAAGUGGCAGCCAAUGGGCAGCAGGAUCCCUCCCUUCCUCCCUCCCUCCCUCUUCCAGGGUAAGGAAGGUCCCCGCGGGUCUCCCUGGGCAGAGCCAGCGAGCCAGAGGCGGCUUGGCGCCGGUUUCUCCUCGGGGCCGGCUGCGCGGACUUUGCUCGCGAUGAGUCUCCGUCGUGAGGAGGCAGCUUUCGAGCCGCUCCGCUGCCCGGGCUCCGAUGGGGAAGAAGAGCUCGCCAUCUCGGGCGGCCGGCCGUUGCUCCGCGGGCAGGAGGCGUCCGGCGGGGGCGCGGCGGGGGCGCCGGCCAAGCCGCCCUACUCCUACAUCGCGCUGAUCGCCAUGGCCAUCGCGCAGAGUCCGCGGCAGAAGCUGUCUCUGAGCGGGAUCUGCGCCUUCAUCCGCGGCUGCUUCCCCUACUACGGCGAGCGCUUCCCCGCCUGGCAGAACUCCAUCCGCCACAACCUGUCGCUCCACGACUGCUUCGUCAAGGUGCCCCGCGAGCCCGGCCGCGCCGGCCAAGGCAGCGACUGGAGCCUGCACCCGGCCGCGCAGGGCAUGUUCCGCCACGGCAGCUUCCUCCGCCGCAGGAGGCGCUUCAGGCGGCCCCCGCUGCCUUCCCCGGCCGCCCCCGGCGCCGGGACCCCGCUCCUCCUCCUCCUCCCGCCGCCGCCGCCCGGCUCCGCGCUGCCCGGCGGGGAGCGGCCCCCGGGGGCGGAGGGGGGCCUUGGCCGCGGCCCCCGCAGCUGCUCCUUCAGCAUCGAGAGCAUCCUGAGGGGCCCCUCGCCGAUCCCCACCCGAGGAAGGGCAGCCGCGCGCCCGGAUCGCCGCUGA